UCUGCCCCGCAGGUGGAUGGCCAGGUAGUGAGCAGCAUCGGCCCCGGCCUGCUGUGCCUGGUGGGCUUGAGGGACACGGAUGGAGAGAAGGACGCAGAUUACAUAGUACGCAAGAUCCUGGGGCUGCGGUUAUGGCCCAACGCAGAGGGCAGCAAGGCGUGGGAUCAGAAUGUGGUGCAGAGGGAGUACGAGGUGCUGUGUGUGAGCCAGUUCACGCUGUUUGGGCGGCUCAAGGGCGCCGGCAAGCCAGACUACUCCAAGGCCAUGCCGCCGCAGCAGGCGCGGCAGGCGUAUGCCGCCUUCCUGGAGCAGCUGGGCAGGGCGUAUGUGCCGGGGCGGGUCAAGGACGGCGUGUUUGGGGCGAUGAUGGAUGUAGCGCUGGUCAACGAUGGCCCCGUCACCUUCCUGUUGGACAGCGCCGACCCCAACAACCAGGUGUCGCUGGCAAGCGGCGCCAGCAUGUCCAGCCUGUCGUCCGCUGACGCGCCCUGA